AUGGCAGCCGGUGUAGCAGCAUGGCUGCCCUUUGCCAGAGCAGCUGCUAUAGGAUGGAUGCCAGUCGCCAACUGUCCUAUGCCACUGGCUCCCACAGAUAAAAAUAAGCGGCAGGAUGAGCUGAUCAUUCUUAAUGUGAGUGGCAGGCGCUUCCAGACAUGGAGGACUACCUUGGAGAGGUAUCCUGACACUCUGCUUGGCAGCACAGAAAAAGAAUUCUUCUUCAAUGAAGACACAAAGGAAUAUUUUUUUGACCGGGAUCCUGAUGUCUUUAGGUGUAUCUUAAACUUUUACAGAACUGGCAGACUGCACUACCCAAGGUAUGAAUGCAUCUCAGCCUAUGAUGAGGAGCUUGCCUUUUAUGGAAUCCUACCUGAUAUCAUUGGGGACUGCUGCUAUGAAGAAUAUAAAGACCGGAAACGGGAAAAUGCUGAACGGUUGAUGGACGACAGUGACUCUGAGAAUAACCAGGAGUCUAUGCCAGCCCUGAGCUUCCGGCAGACCAUGUGGCGAGCAUUUGAGAAUCCCCAUACCAGCACCUUAGCCUUAGUCUUUUACUACGUCACCGGCUUCUUUAUUGCUGUCUCUGUGAUCACCAAUGUAGUAGAGACUGUACCAUGUGGCACAAUUCCUGGCAACAAGGAACUGCCCUGUGGGGAAAGAUAUGAAAUGGCUUUUUUCUGUUUGGACACAGCUUGCGUUAUGAUUUUCACAGUCGAGUAUUUGAUGCGACUCUUUGCGGCCCCCAGUCGCUACAGGUUCAUCAGAAGUGUGAUGAGCAUCAUUGAUGUGGUCGCCAUUAUGCCCUACUACAUCGGCUUGGUGAUGACAGACAACGAAGAUGUCAGUGGAGCCUUUGUGACUCUGAGGGUUUUCAGGGUGUUCCGGAUUUUCAAGUUCUCCCGUCAUUCCCAAGGCUUGCGUAUCCUGGGGUACACACUGAAGAGUUGUGCCUCUGAGCUUGGUUUUCUGCUCUUUUCUCUCACUAUGGCAAUCAUCAUCUUUGCUACUGUGAUGUUUUAUGCAGAGAAAGGAUCUUCAGCCAGCAAGUUCACCAGCAUUCCAGCAUCAUUUUGGUACACUAUCGUCACCAUGACCACCCUUGGUUAUGGAGAUAUGGUGCCCAAGACGAUUGCUGGCAAGAUAUUUGGCUCCAUUUGUUCACUCAGUGGUGUGCUUGUAAUUGCUCUUCCUGUCCCAGUUAUUGUUUCCAACUUCAGCCGGAUUUACCACCAGAAUCAAAGAGCUGACAAGCGGCGAGCACAAAAGAAAGCCCGGCUGGCCAGGAUUCGUGUGGCCAAGACAGGCAGUUCUAAUGCCUACCUUCACAGCAAGCGCAAUGGCCUCCUUAAUGAAGCUCUGGAGUUGACGGGCUCUAUGCAAGAUGAGCACAACAUCAGCAAAGCCACCUCGAUCAUCGAAAGUCAGCAUCACCACCUGCUGCACUGCUUGGAAAAAACAACUGGAUUGUCCUAUCUUGUGGAUGAUCCCCUGUUAUCUGUACGAACUUCCACCUUCAAGAACCAUGAGUUCAUUGAUGAGCAGAUGUUUGAGCAGAACUGCCUGGAGAGCUCAAUGCAGAAUUAUCCGUCCACUCGCAGCCCCUCCCUUUCAAGUCACCAAGGCAUAACCACCUGCUGUUCUCGUCGCAGCAAAAAGACGACACAUCUCCCUAAUUCCAGCGUGCCAGCAACCCGGCUGCGGAGCAUGCAGGAACUCAGCACCAUACACAUCCAGUGCAGUGAGCAGCCCUCACUCACAACCAGUCGCUCCAGCCUAAAUAUGAAAUCGGAUGAUGGGCUGAGACCGAACUGCAAAUCCUCCCAAAUAACAACAGCAAUCAUCAGCAUCCCGACACCCCCGGCACUGACACCUGAAGGUGAAAGCAGGCCUUCCCCCUCCAGCCCUGGCCAUUCUACAAACAUUACUGCUGCUAGCAGCAACAUUGUCAAGGUAUCGGCUUUGUAA